UGGGGAUUUCCUCAACAACACCAGACCACGCCUAAGUCCUUAAAUAUCCUAUUCUCUCAUCACGAAGAAAAUGGGGGGCAAAUCCGCAACCAAGGCCGCUUACUUCGACAAGCUCAAGAGCCUCCUCGAGGAGUACAAGAGCAUCUUCGUCGUUACCGUCGACAAUGUCUCGUCUCAGCAGAUGCACGAGAUCCGUCAGUCCCUCCGUGGAGAGGGUGUCGUUCUCAUGGGCAAGAACACCAUGGUGCGCCGCGCGCUGAAGGGAUUCAUCAACGACUUCCCCGAGUACGAGCGCCUCCUCCCCCACGUCAAGGGCAACGUCGGCUUCGUCUUCACCAACGGCGACCUCAAGGAGACCCGUGACAAGAUCCUCUCCAACCGUGUUGCGGCCCCUGCCCGUGCUGGUGCUGUCGCUCCCGGUGACGUCUACGUCCCCGCCGGAAAUACUGGUAUGGAACCCGGAAAGACCUCUUUCUUCCAGGCUCUCGGUGUUCCCACCAAGAUCGCCCGUGGUACCAUUGAAAUUACCACGGACCUGAAGCUUAUCGAGGCUGGCAACAAGGUCGGUGCCUCCGAGGCCACCCUCCUUAACUUGCUGAACAUCUCCCCCUUCACCUAUGGUAUGGGUAUUGCUCAGAUCUACGACAACGGCAACACCUUCGAUGCCUCCGUUCUGGACAUUGAGGAGUCGCAGCUUCUCAAGGCAUUCUCUUCUGCCAUCACCACCAUUGCCAGCAUCUCGCUUGCGGUUGGCUACCCGACUCUGCCUUCCGUCAUGCACUCCGUUGUCAACUCCUACAAGAAGGUUCUCGCUGUCGCCAUUGAGACCGACUACGACUGGGAGGAGAUCCAGGAGCUCAAGGAUCGCAUUGCCAACCCCGAGAAGUACGCUGCCGCUGCUCCCGCUGCCGGCGCUGCUGGCGGCGCCGCUGCUGCUGAGGCGCCCAAGGAGGCCGCCAAGGAGGAGGAACCCGAGGAGUCCGAGGAUGAGGAUAUGGGCUUCGGUCUGUUCGACUAAACGCACCGUUCUACGCAAAAGCGGCGGAAUGGUUGGUGUCACUUUGCAUUUAUGUUAUCAUGACAUGAACGUCGAACGGCUGCAAUGAAACAUUGGAAAAUGCGAAA